GCCAAUUUUUUUUUAUUAUUAUUAUUCUUUCCUUCGCGCGCGCUUCCUUCUGCCUUGUGUGUCCGUGAGCGCGCACACGAGGUGGGAGGGGAAGCGCGAGGGAGGGAAGGCGGGAGCGCGCGAGCUCUAACGGACUGAGGGGAGCGCGAGAGACAGCGAAAGGAGCGAGCCUGCGCGCGCUCGCGAGUGAGCGAGGGAGGCGAGAAGGGGCGGGCAGGCCGGUGUUGAGGGAAGCUGUCGCUGCCGCUGCCGCCGCCGCCGCCGCCGCCGCUCUUUUUCCCCUGCUCCUCCUCCUCUUUCGCUUCUGUUCCUCCGCCGCUGCCGCCGGGCAUGCGAGGCGAUGGCCGCGGGCGGCGCGUGGAGCGUUGAGGAGCGGACCUACCGCCGCUUCCUGGAGCUUUUCCUGGGCGAGUUCCGCGGACCCUUCGGCGCCGAGCCGUCGCCCCCGUCCGGCGGCGGGGCAGAAGGCGACGCGGGGCGGGAAGCUGAGGAAGCCGUCGAGGUCGAAGAAGAAGCCGUGAGGGGAGACGAAGAAGAAGGUGGCGAAGGAGGAGGGGACGGCGAGCCGCCGCCGCCGCCGGAGGAAGAGGGAGGAGGCGAAGAAGAAGCCGACGACGAGGCGCUGGACGAAGGCGACGAUGCUGCUGCCGUCGGCGACAACGAGGAGGAGGGAGCCGGCGGCGACGGAGACAGCCGCGUCGGGGAAGCGCAGCCCGAGGAGGAGCUGCCUCCGGCUGUGGCCCCGGCGGCAGUGCCCGCUUCGCAGCCGCAGCCUCCCGCCCGGCCGGCCAGCCCGCCGCCGCCGCCGCUGCCCUCGCUGCCCCGGCCGCUCUCGGAGCACAUCACCGAGGAGGAGGUGGAGGGCGAGUGCCUGGACCUCUGCCUGCAGCAGCUCUACAAGUAUAAUUGCCCUUCAUUUUUGGCGGCUGCUUUAGCCCGUGCGACAGCCGAUGAAGUCCUCCAGAGUGAUCUUUCGGCACAUUACUUGCCCAAGCAUGAGGAUAGCCCCGAUGGGAUCAUACAGGUAGAAACAGUGAAGCUGGCUCGUACAGUGUUCAGCAAACUCCAUGAGGUUUGCAGCAGCUGGGUAAAGGACUUUCCCCUCCAGCCAAAGCCCCACCGUUACUACGAAACAUCCAUUCAUGCCAUUAAGAACAUGCGCCGCAAGAUGGAAGACAAACACGUCUGCAUUCCAGACUUCAACACCCUCUUCAACCUUGAGGAUCAAGAGGAGCAGGCCUAUUUUGCAGUAUUUGAUGGCCACGGAGGAGUGGAUGCUGCCAUUUAUGCUUCCAUCCACCUCCAUGUGAACCUGGUGCACCAAGAGAUGUUCCAGCAUGACCCUGCAGAGGCACUGUGCAAAGCCUUCCAAGUGACGGAUGAACGCUUUGUGCAGAAGGCAGCCAGAGAGAGCUUGCGGUGUGGGACCACAGGUGUUGUGACGUUCAUCCGAGGGAACAUGCUGUAUGUGGCCUGGCUGGGAGACUCCCAGGUGAUGCUUGUCAGGGGGGGUCAAGCAGUGGAGCUGAUGAAACCUCAUAAACCGGAUCGUGAGGAUGAGAAGAAGCGCAUUGAGGCCCUCGGAGGCUGCGUGGUCUGGUUUGGGGCUUGGCGAGUCAAUGGGAGUCUGUCUGUCUCCAGAGCCAUUGGUGAUGCAGAACACAAGCCAUACAUCUGUGGGGAUGCGGACUCGGGCUCCACAGUUCUGGAUGGAUCGGAAGACUACCUCAUUUUAGCCUGCGACGGCUUCUAUGACACCGUGAACCCUGACGAAGCAGUGAAAGUGGUGGCUGACCACCUGAAGGAGAACAAUGGGGACAGCAGCAUGGUGGCCCACAAGUUAGUGGCUUCAGCUCGAGAUGCUGGCUCCAGCGACAACAUCACUGUCAUUGUGGUCUUUCUCAGGGACAUGAGUACGGCCGUAAACAUCAGUGAGGAGUCAGAGUGGACAGAGAACUCUUUCCAAGGUGGGCAAGAAGACAACGGCGACAAUAAAGAAAACCACGGGGAUUGCAAGAGACCGUGGCCUCAGCACCAGGUCUCCGCGCCUGCUGAUCUAGGGUACGAUGGGAGAGUGGAUUCUUUCACAGACAGAACUACCUUGAGUGCAGGUUCCAGGAUCAACGUGUUGGAAGACCCAGGCUAUAUUGACCUGAGGAAAAUAGAAGCUAGCAAACUUCAGAGUGCAAAACGCCUGUCCUCAGAUCAGUGGUUCAGCACUUGUGAACCAAAGAGGGCAACCUUGGGUCAGGGUGUGUCAGCAGAGAACGAGACAGUGGCCGACCCUGCGCCUCCCGCAGGCGGGCAGAGCAGUCUCCAGGAGCAGCUAGCCUCUCUUCCUUCUGGCUCCACAAGCCCACACGAGUACAGCAUCUCCAGCAGGCUCGAAGGUGAGCACUUCAAAUCUUGGGGAGGAAGAGCUUCCAUUUUCUCUCCCCUUCACUUCUGUGAUGCAAAGCGGUGGCAGCGACUAGCCAGACUCAAGCCCAAGCUCCACAUGCUUCUCUUUGAGAACAGGCUGCUUUCCCCCACAGAAGAGUUAGCUCUGGCCUCACCUUGCAGUGUGAACAGCCGUAGAAAUAAGUUGAUAAGAAGCCGUCUCUGGCAGGGCUUCUCUAGUUGUUGCCGGGGUCAUGGCAAGAGUAUUCACCUGCUGCAAAGGCAGAGCCACUGUAUACCAGACCCCGGGCUCCUCUGGAGGUGUACAAAGUAGCAUGCUCCUUUGUAUUCCCCUCUCCUGCCCCCCUCCCCCAAAUAGUUUAGGUUAGGCAUUCACAGAAUGAGGAGUAAAUUUAAAAGAGUGAGCAUUUCAGAACCAUGUGAUUGUGGAAUGCACCACUCAUGUAAAUAGAUCCUAGGAAUGUGUGUUUCAGUCUAAAAUUAAUAAUAAUAAUGGCUGGUGUGCCAGUCUCUCUCUCUCUCUCAGCAAUGUCACAUACACAUUCUCUCUCUUACCCACAUACACAAACACGUAUCUAUAGCUUCAUCUUGCUUAUGGCAACUAGAUACUGACAGUGACACGAUGGAAUAAAUAGGAGAGAGAUUCUUUCAAAAGAGAGAUUGCCAAAAAAAAGUGUUACCUGUUUGAGAUGAGUCUGUGGAGCAAUAUUUUUUGGAGGAUCUCGUUUUUAAAACCUGCCAGUUUUUGUAGGUGGGGUGGAGGGAAGGGAAGAGGAAGACAGAAGUAGUUGGUGGGGUGGUUCUUUAAGGUUAUCAGAGCCAUUGUGGAAGCAGCAGGCCUUUGCAGGUACAUUAUUAAAAGCCAUAGGGGGUUUGAAUCUAGCACUUGAGCACUCCUAGCCCCUGUUGUAUAUCCAAGUUAAGACUAAUCUUAUCUAUGCCCCCAUGUAACAUAUAAAAAAGAGGGAAUGCUAAUUUUUGUAGUUUUUAAAGAUCAUUUCCUGUGGCUAAAGUUGAAACUAUAUUGAAAUUUCAAUAGCUUGGAGUCUUUUGGGGUGCUUAGUGACAUUUUAGUCUUUUAAACUAAAAAAGUAAUAAUGUUAAAACUGUUUGCAUCUAAUAAUAGUAGUGGUUAAAUCUUUCCACCACUGUGUCCUCCCCAAUCCCUAAUUUAUCUCAGGUGUCAAACUGAUAUAAAGCUAGUUCAGAUUCAAAUAUGUUGUCCUGUGAACUGAUGGAGCCAGCAACUUGCUUGUCAGACUUUUUGGUCAUCAGUUCUCCCUUCCCCAUUCAGAGGGGACAGUAAUAUGGCAGUGUAGUGUUUGGCUCAGCUAUUUGUCUGGUCCUUGCAAGAGACUUUCAGAGUAUGAAGGGACUGGGGAAAAGCUAGAGGAAGGCAGCUUGCUAUAGCAGUUGUAAAAUGAGAGAGACUAGAUGAACUCUAAUUGUCAGUUGCUCAGGAAGGGUUUGAUGAUUGCCUGUCUCCAUCCUUCAUACUAAAGAGCAAAACACUUCUCUCUCUCUCUAUAUAUAUAUAAAUAAAAUCAGUUUUAGCAUUAAAUAGCUGAAAUGCAGAAUCAUCAGGGACAGUAUGUUAGAAGAGGUCUCUUGGUUGAUAACAUUCGCUUGAAUUAUCUAAAAUACUAAGGCAUUAAAUGUACACAGAUCUGAAUAUGUUACAUUACAUAAUUCCAUGGGGAUUAAGUUUUAGCUCAACAGAAUCACUGCCCAAUGCAGUUUGACAUUAGUGUAUAGGAACAUAGAAAGCUGCCUUAUACUGAGUCAGACCAGUGGUCUGUCUAGCUCAGUAUUGUCUACACUGACUAGCAGCAGCUCUCCAUCAUUUUCAAGCAUGAAGAUAUUUCUAGCCCUAGGAUUGAACCCAGCACCUUCAGUAUGCAAAGCGGGUGCUCUGCCCCUGAGCUGUGACCCCCCCAACUGAUAAUUUGCCUAAGGACUGGGGAGAAUUAGGUAAUUAUUCUGAAUGGCUUUUUAUUAACUCAAUUUCUUCAAUAAACUUGAUGAAACUGUUAGAAAUCAAGUGCAGAAAGCUAAAAGGUAUUGGCUUUUACCCACCGGGGGUGGGGUGGGGGAAUAACCAAAAUUAAGGAGCAACAGCACUUUCCCACUUAUCUGCAAGCCUUAGGUGCGUUGUGUUACAAAUCAAGUGUUACCAAUGAAAUGAGGAGCUGCAGACGAGCAGGCUGUUUCUGCUGCCAUGCUUGACAUAGCAGGGGAGAAGGUAGACUGCAAUGCCCUUCUGCUCAAUUAGUUGUGCUUCUAUGGGGAAAGUGCAGUUCUUUGAAGACAUGUCAAAAUUCUAAAAUGUUGCAAAUGUGUUUUGACCUCUUCCCAACAUGCAGUCAUAAUUGGAAAGUACUAGCCUCAGAGUGUGCUCUCACGUUUUUUAUAAAAGAAGUGUAACUCCAUAUGUGUGGAUUCAUACAUGGAUUAUCUGCUGCUCAUCCUGUUCAUCCUACAGGAGAGAAUCUGCCAUCCAUUCCUAGUGUGGUCCAGUACAAAAUAUUGUUACAACUAGAAAGUGUUCAUCUUUCAUUACAUAGUGGUAGAGUAUGUAGGAUCCAUUUGUGAGGCAAGUCUUCAGCCAUGGUAGAAUACAUAUUUAAAAGUAGUAGUUCUUGGUCCAAUAUAAGCUGCUCAAUUCUACACACUAGGCAAAAAAAAGCAGUGCUUUGUGAUAUGCUGUGUGUUUUUCUCUUAAUGCCACUGGUGAUAGGACGUAGUUCUCUUCAGUUCAAACUCCUGUGCCCUUAUUUGCUGCUUGCUGACGUAAGCAAUAAGCUCCCCUUUUUAAUUAAUGAUAUUCUCAGUGUUCUGUAUCUUGUACUUUGAUCCUUUAGCUGGCGAGAAUGUACAAAAAAUAUAGGUAUCUAACUGUAUUUAUUAACUGUUAAUGUUGGUUGUCUGUAAAGUGUUUUGUAAAUCUGUGUAUUUUAAUAGUGGUGACAUUUGCAUAAUGAGACCUUUCCAAUAAAGAGCUGAAGCAGCCCUCAAGUUCUCAUAAUCUGCAUCAGCUACAUGAGUUGUGUAGGAACACUAGUAGUGGUGGUGGUAGUUGGUGAGGACAGGAGACUCCAGGCUGCCUCUCCCCUGAGGCUUUUCAAAACCUGCUGGUGAGCUUAUUCACUGUGAGUUUCAAAGGGAUUCAUUUAAUCCCUCUCCUAAUGUCUCCUGUCUCCAGCUUUAACAGAGUUGUGAGGAAUGCCUCCGGUUGCAAGAAAUGGAAUAGCAGCAGAGCAGCAAGCCAUUAAUCCAUUUCACUUGCACUAACAAGUUGUAGAAGUAAAAUAUUUAUAUUUUGAAGUGCCAUCAAUUGUCCUUGUCUGUUUGGAAGCCAGGGAGGCACACACCCGCCUACUCCAUGUGACUCAGCCCUCCUCCCCCCAAGAAAAGGAAGCAGACUCCUGUGGUUCCCCUGCUAAGCACUCCCUUCUUUGUCCCCUCACUUCCUGGCUCAGAAAAGCAAGGGAGGACAUAUGAGGAAGAGAAUAUCCAUCCUUUAUUUUGGCAGAGCCUGUUCCUGCUUCUUGUGGCUUUUAGCAGCCGACACGCCUAAGUAGCAGCUGCCACUUGCUAAUGCCUUUUAAAUUUAGAACCUUCCAUCUCAUCGAGUAUAACAUUACCUUUCGCCUUCUGUUCAUAGUGGUCCAUUGUCAUUUAUGCAGAGGCACAGUGCUCUUUUCCCUAGAACAUUCAAUUAAAGCAACUAUGCAGAUUACAUUCAAGCAGUCCCUUCCGUUACCUAUAAAUUUCGUUACAGCUCUGGAGAACCUGAACAGCCGGCUCCGCCAAAAUGUAGCUCAUUCUCAUGCAAAAAAGAGAAGCAAGGCGAGGCUACUGUAGCUUUGCAUAUGCCUAUGAGUUAGGGCUGUGCAGCAUAAAAACCUUCAACUGGAGGAGGUUAAAGUCUUGCACCAAUGGCCCAGUUUGCACAUGAAAGUAAGCCACAGUUAAUGGCUUACCAAGAAAGCACCUUUUGGUGUUGUUUUGUCUCAGCUCCGCUUAUGCUGAAAGGAAACCAAUCAUGACCCCCCCCCCAGCUUAGUCUUAUAUUUGAACCGGGGAUCAUGUUUUGCUUCAAUAGAGCAUGAUCAGUAUGUCAAGAGCAAACCUUGGCUACAGAUUGCUGGGAGCAAAAUAAAUCAUGACCCCUGACAAAGCAAGGAUCAGGAUUUGUUUCCUGCUAGCAUAAGUUGAGAGGAGCAAAGUGGGCACAAUCCACUCAUGUACAGUAAGCCAUGGUGGUUUAUGAGCUUACCACACCAUGUGAAUGUGCCCACUGUCAAGGAAUACAUUCAAGUGACAAAGUCACUUUUAACAUUACAUUAAACACUAAUCUAUAACUUCCAGUAUUAAACAGCACCGUAUUAUACAAGUAUCAGAAGGUUUGGUUUAUAAAUAUAAACAGAUUUGUUUUACUUACCAUUCUUGGCUGUUGCUUUUUUGUUUCUAGAAGUAGGGAGAGUCUAAACCAAGCUAGGUUGGGGAAAGCCAGCUGAGAUUCACCCUUAUUACUAAAAACGUUAACAUGGCACAUUCCUAGGAAUGCCAAGUGUAUUAAUGAGUUCCUGUUGAAAUAUACUUAUGCUGUCAUGAAAACUAAUGAAGUGGGUUGGUUUACUAGAAAUGACUUUACUACUCUGUUGGGACCCGUUGACAACUUUGUUCCUAUAGCUCACAAGUUCAGUAGGAAUCAUGUAUUAGCCAUAUUUUAUUUAUUAAAGCUGUUCACAAAAGGUAAGGACUAUGUUCAACUUCUACCAAUAUCUUAAUAAAACAGCAAACAUUA